CAAAAGAAGUAAUACUAUUCUCCACAGGCCAUGGAAUUAUAAAUGGUUUUCUAGUCAGAUGCUAAAUUAAUUGUUUUAAUUCGUCUCCCUUCUUGUUAUUAUUUUCUACCACUUUAGGAAAUGAAUAAGAAAUUGCCAUUAAUUUUCAUUAUUGCUUCCAGUUUGUUCGUCUACGGAGUGACGUCGAAGAACAUAACCAUAGAGAACAAAUGCGAUUACACCGUGUGGCCUGGAAUAUUCAACCGUCAGAAUCGACUCUCUAACACCACUGGAUUUGCUCUCGAGAAAGGAGAGUCGCGUGUUAUCAUUGUGGAGCCGCAUUGGUAUGGUGCUAUAUGGAGUCGAACGCUCUGCUCGAGAAACUCAACAGGAAAAUUCUCAUGCGCAACGGGAGACUGCGGCUCCGGUGAAAUUGAGUGCUCCGGCCUAUCCCCAAGGCCAAUGAAUACGACUCUAGCGGAGUUUCAAAUGGACAACGAGGCUGUUGUUGUCUUCUACCGCGUCAAUGUCGUCUACGGUUACAACCUUCCUUUGCUGGUGGUCCCACAGAGAAUUCUCUCCGGUCUAGAAAAAGUAUGCACCAGGGUAGGUUGUGAUGUCGUUAACCUGAACCAGGCUUGUCCGUAUGAGCUUAUGGUCGUCGAUGCCGAGGAACGGCCAAUAGCAUGCACUAACCCGUGCGGGGCAUCAGGUUGCAUGCCGUCUUCUUACUCGGAAAGCUUCAAGGUCCCGUGUCCUGAAGCUACUUUCGACUUUAGUGACGACAACUACGUGGCAUGCACAGGCUCCACCGACUACGUCAUCACGUUUUGCCCUUCCUUCACACCAGUCCCCACGAGACGCGUAAAAAGUGAAACAAAAAUUGAAACAUUUGGAUUCACCAAUGAAACUACACCACGAGCAAAACAUGAUGAUAAGUCUCCAUUGAAGGUUAAAGUCAUAAUCGGAAUCUCAGCAGCAGCUUUACUUGUGAUGAUCAUUAUUCUUGCUGUGAGCACAGUAGUGGUGAGAGCAAAGAAUGCUAGAAGAAAGAGUGACUGGAGCGGCCAAAACAUUGAAGCAAUCGUAAUGUUGAAACGAUAUAGUUAUGCCAAAGUCAAGAAGAUGACAAACUCAUUCUCCCAUGUUCUUGGGAAAGGAGGAUUUGGAACAGUCUACAAAGGAAAACUACUCGAUGGAAGCGGUACAGAUGUUGCUGUGAAGGUUUUGAAGGAUUCAAAGGGCAAUGGAGAAGAGUUCAUCAAUGAAGUAGCUAGCAUGAGUAGAACCUCUCAUGUUAAUAUCGUUUCUCUACUUGGAUUCUGCUAUGAAGGAAGCAAAAGAGCUAUAAUCUAUGAGUUUAUGCCAAAUGGGUCCCUCGACAAAUAUAUCUCCGAGAGCAUGUCAUCGAAGAUGGAAUGGGAAACUUUAUAUAGCAUAGCUGAAGGUGUUGCUCGAGGUCUAGAGUACUUGCACAACCGUUGUGUGUCAAGGAUUGUGCAUUUUGAUAUAAAGCCACAAAACAUACUCAUGGACCAAGAUCUUUGUCCGAAGAUUGCAGAUUUUGGACUUGCUAAGCUUUGCAAAAAGAAAGAAAGUAUCAUCUCGAUGCUCAACGCAAGAGGGACCAUAGGGUACAUUGCUCCCGAAGUGUUUUCAAAAAGCUUGGGAGGAGUUUCUCAUAAGUCGGAUGUGUAUAGUUUUGGAAUGGUGCUCCUCGAGAUUGUUGGAGCAAAGAAUAGAGAAAUACCUGAAAAGUCUGGAUCUAAUAAUAGUUCAAUGUAUUUUCCGGAUUGGAUUUAUAAAGAUCUUGAGAGGGAAGGAUGUUGGAUAAGCUUCAAAAGAGCUUACUUAGACAAUAAGUUAUUCAUUAAGAUAAGUAGAAUAACAAUAGGAUUAGGAUUAAGUUAUGUUCCUAGUUCAAGUUGUAAUAGGUCAAGAUAAGAGCCUAUAUAAAGAGAUCAAAGUUGUAAGAGAUAUCUUAAGAAGUUAAGAAUAUAUAAAACGAAGAACAGUUUUAUAAUCCAAGCUUGCAUACAUACGUUUUGAUCUUGGUGACUAUAUUUGCAUAAAUAUUAUAGCUCGGGGAGCUUAAAGCAAGCUCCCCGAGCUUGGAACACGAAGCUUGAUCAAGUAUUAAAGAAGCUCAGGUUCAGAAAAUGCAGCAAAGAAAGCUCUGUAUAUCGACGAGAGGACAAAGAUACUCUGCUUAUUAUAGCUAUAUACGUGGAUGAUCUUUUUGUUACAGGGAACUCUGUGAAAGAGAUAAAAGAAUUUAAACGGUCAAUGUCGCAGCAGUUUGAGAUGUCUGAUCUAGGCGUGUUGACUUACUAUCUCGGAAUGGAAGUAGAGCAAAGUCCACGAGGCAUUACAAUCAAGCAAGAAGCA